AUGGUUCGUACCGGUGGGCAUUAUCCAUAUUUUAAAAUGGAAAAAGAUCUUGAGUAUAUAAAACGAGCUAUUGAGAAACUUGAAGCACCAGGGGAUGAUGAUAAGGACACAUCAUUUAGAGAGCUGUAUAAAAACUGGGGUAAAUAUGGAUCUCAAGAAGAAAGACGUAAAGAGCUUUUACAAUCACAAAAAGGUAAAAGAAGUUGCAAAAUUGAUAGUUUCCGAGGUAUUCUCGAAUUAAUACAGAAUCACGAAGAAGAUAAUUUAUUUAAACCAUAUGAUAAGGUUUCAUAUAGGCCAAACAUAUAUGUUCCUGGUUUUAAUAAACCAUCUAGAGCAUACAGCAAUGUCCUUAUGUUGUCAGAAUGGCUUGUUCAAAAACCUAAUGAUUUUGAAACUAAUUGGUACAUCAGCCCCUGUCCAAAAGGAGUCAGAGUGUUAGUUAUAGCUUAUCAGGGUAUAACUAAAUGUUAUACAAAAUUUGGUAAAUUCAAGUUUGAAUGCAAGACAGGACUUCCAGGUGGUAGCCCUGAGACAUCUGGGAAACACGAAAGUUGUGUUUUGGACUGCUUUUAUGAUAGCUUAGGGCAACAAAUGUACGUCUUGGAUUUGCUUGCCUGGAAAACUCAACCAAUGACAGAUGGAGAGAUGGAAUUCCGUCAGUUUUGGUUAAAAUCAUAUUUAGAUAAUGUUGAGGCUAUCAAGACAGUUUCCAAGUAUAACAAGAUAGUAUUCAAAUUGUUACCAAUGAUACCAUGUUCAAGGAAUAGUUUGAAUACUUUCCUAUCAAAGUAUCCGCCUUGUGAAGACCCGGAGUUUCCAUGUCUCGAUGGCUUUUUAUUUUAUCACAAGCAGGCACAUUAUGUUUCCGGACAGACACCACUAGUCGGCUGGCUCUUUCCUUACAUGAUUACAGAAAUCCUUGGUAGCGACAUUCCAGUUAACCCGGAGUAUUUCAAGAAUAGGCCAAAUGAUUACACAAAUCAGGCGGAGUUUAUUCAAAAAUUCGAAGUUCAACAGAUGAAGAAAAAAGAUAGAAGAGGUAGACGUAAUACUUCCAUGGAGUUCGAAAACUGUAAGAGUGAGGUUAAAGAAGGAAAAAUUUCUGCGCAUGUAGUUUCAAAGAAAGAAGCUACGGAAGCAAUGGAAUCUGAGAGUAAUCCCGAACCUGAUGGGAACACUGCAGAACAGCUAGACGAUAUGGCAGAGAAGUACAUGACGUAA